AUGGAUUUCAACGUGCCAUAUUGUAUUCCUUUGCAUCGUCCACAACUCGACAUUGAUUUCAACGAACCAUUUGCCUUUCCCUGUUCUGAUAUCUUUUGGCCCAUUGAACCUGCCAUUGUGUCUCUGCCUCCCGAGCCUAGUAUCCACAAGAUCAAGAAACGUAAACUUUCCAACGACAACGAGUUUAUUGUAAAGAAACAACGUAAACGUAUGGAGACUCGUCGAUCGUCAACAACAACCGCGUCUACUACGAAGGGUCACGCACCAUCGCAACAAACAUCGAUACCCGAAGAUAUGGCUACUGUCACCGGUAUUGAAGAAGAUCUGCAACAUUUGCAAGACGAAUGGGCGUCGAUUGAGAUCGUGUUCAACUCUAUUCGCAAUGCGUUUCCUGUUCAAUCGCUGAAGAAUGCACCUGAGGAGCUAUUGGACGAGGUUGACCGAGAAUUGAGUAUUGCAUAUGACGAUCUUAAGGCACAAGUCAGACAUUUGACCCGCAACCUCCAACGACUGGAAACCGAUCUUGCACCAUUUCGUCCUUUGAAAAAAGAGGCGGCAGCAUUUGUGUCACCAAGCAAUCCAGCAGCAACAACAGCAGCUGUCAUUAACAAAGCAUCCUCCUCACCUUGUUAG